AUGGGAAACGGUAAAAUAAAUUCGGAAUGUGAUUGUGAUUAUUAUUAUAAAAAUCAAAGACGAGUCGUUAUAAUAGAUAAUAAUAAUUACGGAAGAGACGUUGUCGUUAAAAAUAAGAAAAUGGCGGAAAAAGAAUUACAAGAUUACAAGAUUAGUAAUAAAAAGUGCCUAAAAUUUACAACGUCGAACAGGCAUCAUCAUUCAUCCGGAAGCGAUACCUACAGCAGCAACGAUGAUUCAUCAGAAUCAAACGAAACGGACCAACAGAAAACGAGAAGAAGUCAUUCGUCGUCAAACGAAUCUUACGCUUCGUCAUCUUCGUCUUGUUUUAAUAUUUCUCAAGCGAAAGAUUCGAGCGAGAGGAGAGAAAGCAUCGCGAAAGACAAAAGAUGUAAAAAAAGUCCGCAAAAAAUUCUUAGGCAACCGGCAACGCAUACAUACGUAAGAGGUAUUUCCGGUUUGCCGACUUUAAAAGUUAUAAACACGAGAGGAUGUUAUAACAAUCAAUAUUCAAGAGGUUAA